CAGAACGUAACAAGAAGUUUCCAAAAUGGGGCUGGAAAGUACUAUGGUCUGUGUGGACAACAGCGAAUACAUGAGAAAUGGAGACUUCCUGCCUACCAGACUACAGGCUCAACAAGAUGCUGUCAACAUCGUCUGCCACUCCAAAACACGCAGCAACCCAGAGAACAAUGUCGGCCUCAUCACUUUGGCAAAUAACUGUGAGGUCCUCACCACGCUGACGCCAGAUACUGGACGCAUCCUGUCCAAACUUCAUGCUGUCCAGCCUAAAGGAGAGAUCACUUUCUGCACAGGCAUCCGAGUUGCUCAUCUGGCCCUAAAGCACAGACAAGGAAAAAACCACAAGAUGAGGAUCAUCGCCUUUGUUGGGAGUCCUGUGCAGGAUAAUGAAAAAGAUCUUGUCAAGAUGGCAAAGCGCUUGAAAAAAGAGAAGGUGAACGUAGAUAUCAUAAACUUUGGAGAAGAGGAACUGAACACAGAAAAGCUGACUGCUUUUAUAAACACACUGAAUGGGAAGGAGGGGACCGGCUCCCACCUGGUAACCGUCCCCCCAGGACCCAGUCUGGCUGAUGCUCUGCUGUCUUCCCCCAUCCUGGCGGGAGAGGGCGGCGCUAUGAUGGGUCUCGGUGCCAGCGACUUCGAGUUUGGUGUGGACCCGAGCGCUGAUCCUGAGCUCGCACUUGCCCUCCGUGUUUCAAUGGAGGAGCAACGGCAGAGGCAGGAGGAGGAGGCCCGCAGAGCUGCUGUUGCUUCUGCCGCUGACGCAGGGAUGCCUACACCCGCUGCAGAUGAAUCAGAAGAAGCCUUGUUGAAGAUGUCUGUGUCUCAGCCUGAAAGAGGCCCAGCAGUCCUGCCUGACUUCAGCAGCAUGACAGAGGAGGAGCAGAUAGCCUAUGCCAUGCAGAUGUCUCUCGCCGGAGGAGAGUAUGGUGAAAUGGACACGGGAGCCCCCAUGGACACUGCAGAAUCAGCCAAGGAGGAAGAUGACUAUGAUGUGAUGCAAGACCCAGAGUUCCUACAGAGUGUCCUGGAGAAUCUCCCUGGUGUUGAUCCAAACAAUGAGGCCAUCCGUAACGCCAUGGGCUCCCUCGCUUCGCAGACGGGAAACAAAGCAGAUGGCAAAAAGGAUGAAGAGAAGAAAAAAUGAGGGAGGAAAACCAGAAAAAUGAUGAACACUUGUGAUUGAUGCAGGAUUUUCUUUAAUGUACAAGAUUUCUGAUUCACCACCCUGCAUGACAGCUCUUUGACAUUUACUACCAUCCUUCUUCAAACAUACCUACUUCCAGUACAGAAUGACAAUUUACUUUCUAAUGUGACUGUAUAACUUCCUUGCACAGAUAUAUAAAUGAAUACCAAGUUAAAAAAUGUAAAAAGGGUUUGUUUUCAUAUUUCCCAAACACUUUUCACCCUACAAUUUGUCUACAAGGUAUGAUUAAUAAAUUACCAAAUAAAAAAAGAAAAUUGUGAUGACAGCUUUUCAGACUAAAGAGCCUUGCUCCUGUCAUGUUUUUAUUUCCAAUAAAAAGCCAUGUGUAAA